CAUUCCUCACCUGCAUUCAUUCAGAGAAUUCUCUCUGCUUGCUGCAGCUGGGGAUCUGAACAGAGAGAUAUAUACACAUAGGUAGCUAGAGAAAGUUAUGGAAAAGACAAGGAAGGCCACCUCCCCUAAGAGCUCAAUGACUAGUAGCACAGGGCCCAAGAGCCCAGUAAGGAAUGGAGGAUCUCCUCCUCAUAAGAAGAACACUACGGAGUUUCGAGGACGGAAAAAUGAACCGCAAAUCUUCCGUAAGGGUGGUCAAGACUCGAUAAGUCAGGAAGAAAGCAAACGCCGUUCUCCAACUUCACAGACAUCACCCAAGAGAUCAUCACCAAAACAUGAGCAGCCACUGAGCUACUUAAGGCUUCACACUGAGGAGAGAGCAAUCAGGCGAGCUGGCUUCAACUAUCAGGUUGCAAGCAAGAUAAAUACCAUGGAAAUUAUCCGUAGAUUUGAGGAGAAGUUGUCAAAGGUGAUGGAGGAGCGUGAGAUCAAGAUGAUGAGGAAGGAGAUGGUUCCAAAGGCCCAACUCAUGCCAGCAUUUGACAAGCCAUUCCACCCACAAAGGUCGACGAGGCCCCUGACCGUUCCAAAGGAGCCCAGCUUCCUGAGGCUGAAGUGCUGCAUUGGAGGAGAGUUCCAUCGCCAUUUUUGCUACAAUGCCAAGGCCAUCAAAUAAUAAACCAUAUAUCUAGGGAAUUAAUAUUGCACAUAUGCCAUGACACAUCUCCACCACAUACAUGAACAGAUUAAUCUUUUUGCCAGCUCAGCCUUCCACAUACAUACAUAUGUACCAUCCAAACCGUUUUAAUUUUCUUAAUUAGUUUUACCUCGAUCUGCACGAAUCUCCACGUAGGUAAUAUAGUACUCCUUUUGUAAAUCCUUUUGUUUUUUUUUCCUUUUGCUUUCUCUUCUCUUCUCUUCUCCUCUCUCUUCCUUGCCUUUGCUUUUUUGUACGUUCUUUUUUUUUUCCCUCUCUCUCUCUCACUCUCACUGUCUCUCUUUUGCUUGGUCACUGAAGACUAGGAGAUAUGUGCGUCAUGCAUGCAUGUAUAUGUCCCUGAUCUGGUGGUAACAAUGAUAAUAAAGCUUUUGAUUUGUUGCA